GUUCGCAACAGCACAAUUUAUGGCGCACGCGGUUUCUUCGGUUUUAUCCGCAACAGUGAGCUAAAACGGAGGAGACUGAGACUGACCUGAAGUCCCUGUCGAAUGUCAUGGAGAAGGUUCAUAAAGUGAAACACGACAGCAAUGAAACAACAGAGCAGACCAAGUUGAGUGAAAAACAGAUAAAGCAGGAGUUGGAGGAGUUCCUGUGUCAGGGUGAAGGAGGAGUGGUCUGGGGAGCCUCCUUCAGUGAGGAAGAGGAGUUGAAGGCUGAAAUUAUUACUGAGAAACCCGAAAAAGUGGAGUGUCUGAUAUUCCCCCCUUUUGACACAUCGGAAAACCACAAAAAGUCUGUGAAGAGGGAAGACGUUAUGCCCCCGCAGAGCGACAGUGACACCAACAGAAGAAACAUGAAAAACAAGGAGGGGAUCUCCAGAAUAUGCCUCAGCUCAAGGCAGCCCACCACAGAUGUCCACGUGACUCUAACAAGACAUACACAGAGGCCAUACACACAAACUUCACAUGGGAAGAGCUGUGUUCAGUCAAAAGUACUGAAAAGACAUCAGCCUGCUCCUGGAGGAAAAAGACCACCACCACAUCAAUGUUCCCAGUGUGGGAGGAGCUUCAGUGAAUCUAAAGGAUUGAAGAGACACAUGAGAAUCCACACAGGGGAGAGACCGUAUAAGUGCUCUGAGUGUGGCAAGGGUUUCAUUCAGUCGGCACACUUAACGACACAUCAUCGCAGUCACACAAGAGAAAGACCAUUCCACUGCACCCAAUGUGAGAAGAGCUACAGUCAAUCUUCACACCUAACCAGACACCAGCGGAGUCACAUAGGAGAAAGACUUAACCAUUGCUCUCAGUGUGAUAAGAGUUUUAGCGAGAAAGGGGAUCUGAUGAAACACAUGAGAACUCACACUGGGGAGAGGCCAUACUACUGCUCCCUUUGCGGGAAGAGUUUCAGUUUAUCAACAAACCUAAGAAAACACCAGCAGAUUCACACUGAAGAGAAGGACUGAAACAAGCUACCUUUCGAAUGUGAAUGUCGGUCUGUUUGUGGGUA